AUGCCAGUCAUACUGCCAAAGUUGGAUUUGGAAAGAGGAAUACUAUCUAGGUAUUGUGAAGAGAUGCUUUCUCUUCUUCCGAAGCCAACUUCUGUUUGGAAAUACAUGCUUGCCAUGACACAAGUUCCUCGAGGAUCAAACGAUGACGGGGAGCGAUUCCGCCACAAGAAAGUUUUGGCUUUCUUGAAGCAGCAGGCAGAGGAUCUGAACUGUGAGACGUAUGUGGACAAGGGCGAAAAUCUGCUGAUUCGCAAGAAGGCUUAUCCUGGUUUGGAAAACAAGCCUUCCAUUUGCUUACAAUGCCACAUGGACAUGGUCGUCCAAAAGAACGACGAUGUGGUGAUCAACUUCGAGACAGACCCUCUCACUCCCCGUAUCGUGGACAACAAAUGGCUCAUGGCCACCGGCACCUCCCUGGGCGCCGACGACGGCAUCGGUGUCGCGACCUGUUUCGCCAUCUUAUCGGACGCCUCUCUCAAGCACGGUCCUCUCGAAGUCCUCAUCACGCGAGACGAAGAGACCGGCAUGUUCGGCGCGCUCGAGCUCGAGCCGGGCCUCCUGCGCUCUCCCUACCUCAUCAACGUCGACUCAGAGGAGGAAAACGCGCUCUGCAUCGGCUGCGCCGGGGGUUUCACCGUCGACUGCACGCUCCCCGUCACCCGCUCCCCCGCCCCCAAAACCGCGGUUCUCCGCGUCACCCUCAACGACUUCCGCGGGGGACACUCGGGUUGCGACAUCGACGUGGGACGCGCCAAUCCGCUUCACGUGAUGGGCCGCCUGCUUACCGCGGUUAACGCGCCGAUCCGCGUGGUGGCGAUCCGAUGCGGAACCGCGGAUAACGCCAUCCCGCGGAAAUGCGUCGUCGAAAUCGCGGUUAAUACCGACGAAAUCCGACAGGUCGAGACCGAGAUUUCCCGCGGGUUCGACGCCUUCCGGCGGGAGUUUCAGCGCACGGAACCCGCGGCAAAACUCGAAAUCGAAACGAAACCGACCGAUGAAACGCCCGUCGAUGAAACGCCCAUUGAUGACGAUGCGUCGCGCCGCCUGCUCCACUUCCUCAACGUGUGUCCCUUCGGCGUCCAGCGCUAUUCCCCCGCGGUGAAGUCCGAUGUCGAGACAUCAUUGACAUGCGCCAUUGCGCAGAGUUCCCCGCGGGAGGUCGGCUUCGUGGUGUCGGUGCGGUCGUCGGUUUCAUCGCAGCUCGACUGGAUGUACGGCCGUCUGCGCUGUCUGGCCGAUCUCUGCGGCAUGGCAAUAUCCCCGCGGAAAUCCGAAUAUCCGGCGUGGGAGCCGAAGGAGAGCUCGCCGCUGACGAAGGCGAUGGUGGCGGCGUACCGCGAGGCGGUGGGCGUGGAGCCGCGCGUGUAUUCGAUCCACGCGGGGCUGGAAUGCGGCGUUUUCCUGGAGAAGUACCCGAUGAUUGAUUGCGUGUCCAUCGGACCGACCGUGCUGAACCCGCACAGUCCGGAGGAGAGACUCGAGAUCGAGACGGUGCCGAGGUUUUAUAAGGUGGUGGUGAAGGCGCUGGAGAAGUUGAGUCAAUGA